AUGGAUUUUCUUUUGGCACAAGGGAAUGACAGCCUUUCUAAACAGAAGGAAUCUGUUCUGAAGUUCAUAACAAAAACCCUACCUUCAGGUUCACUUUCCCUAGAGAAGAGUGUUUGCCGUAAAGAGGCAGUUCAGCAGCACCAUUCCUUUCCUCCAUAUCCUGGUAGGAAAAGUCAAAUGAAUGCCUUAAAAAGCAGUUUUACUGCAAGUUUGCCUGUCUCCCAUUCAAAAGAGAAAAGAAAACGCAAUUCAUCACCUGACAUCAGGAAAAAGAAAAGAGUGUCCCUAUCACAAAAUUUAGAUGUGACUUCUCAUAAGAAAAGCUGUGAAAACAGGACCACUGAUAAAUACAGCAGUGCUGUGACUGAAACAAGUUGCAAUGGAGUGCUUAAAGAUCACAAUAAUGGUGUAUUGGAAAAUGAGGACCUACCUCUCGAGGCUGACGAAUUUCCAGAUUCUCGUAGUUGCUUACCAUUUGAUUCAUUGCUGGAUGAGGAAAUACCCAGGCACAAACCUCCAAGUUCAUAUGUGAGGUUACCUGCAGAGGAGAAGGCAAAGACUGCUCUGGACAGUGCCAUUUCUUCAAAAGAAAAUCGUUCUGGGCUCCUUGGUAGGCACUGUUUGGUUCCUUUUGACAGUAAAAGAACACAAAGACAUGAAUCUAACUCUUUAACUGUUUUGCCUUUGGAUGAGAAAAAUAGAUCCUUAUCCUCUCAAGACAAGAAACAGUUGGAACGGUCCAGUGCUGUCUGCAUGUCAGAUACCAGUAAAGGAAGCGAGAGGAGAUUGAGGGACAGUUAUAAUAGCAUGGACAGUGACGAUGAUGACCAUUGUAAUUUAGACAGUGAUGAAGAUGAAAAUCUGGUGGCUUUGGAUGAUCUCCUAACUUUACGUAACAAGCCUGUAUCCAGUACACCAGAAAAGCUUGACAUUUCCCUUCAGUCGCCUGCAGCCAACACACCCACAGGAUUGUUCACUGUAAGUUGUUCUGGAAGCAGCCAGCAGGUAUUUUUAUUCACCAAUGGGAUCGUAAGUCAAACUUACCAAUCAUCACCAUGUCCACAGCCAGUUUUAAAGUUCUUAUUUAAGAUGAUGUCUAUUCAUUCAGACUACAUUGCUUCAAUGCACAUUUUCAAAACACUUUGGGACAUCUGCACUAGUGCUGCUAAUAGAGUAGUGAAGGGUGACAGAAGUAAAUUCAAGGUUUGGACUCCAAGUCUCAAAGACACAGUUGCAGUCUUUCUCAACUUAGGAGCACAGUUUGGCACUUUGUUUCCACUGAAGCACCUUCAACCAGACUUCACUGAAGAGGAUAUAUUGUCUGGUCUGCAAAAUAAUAAGGAAAAUUAUCCAGAGGAUAGUGCGCCAGCCUCCCAGAGAGAUCCCAUCUUCAGUUUUCUGCCAGAAUUUGGCAUAAAGAAUGUUAUUAAGUUUCUACAGUUUUGUACUUCGAUUUGCCCUGAAGCAUAUUCUGAUCAAGAAUUAGUAUUGCUGAUAAGCUUACUGGGCAGAAUCAGCCUUGAACGAGAGCUUCAGCUGACUCCUUUAAAAGAUUUUCAGUGUUUACUGGACAGACUCCUGAACAACAUAAGGCAGUGGAACACAAAGAUGAGCGAGCUCUGCAUGAUUCUAAGUGACUUAUCAGAGCAUCAUCAUAAUCUUUUGUACCUGGUUCAACAGCUGCCAGAUUUCUCUACACGAGGAAGGCAACUAAGGCGGCACCUGAGCAUGGUGAUAAUUUCAAAACUACUUGACAAGAAUUGCCUCUAUGUACCAAAGGAUCCAGAUUUGAAGAUCACCAGUCUGUGUCGAUUCUUGUACAUGAUGAAACCAUCCUCUUUGUUAAAAACUAUUGAGGAAACGGCUAAAUCCAAUUGGCAGGGAGACAGAAAAGAAGCUGCACUUACAGAACUUGAUCAACAGGCCUAUUACCUGUGCUACAAUCUUCUAGUCUUAGCAAAUGAAGUGCUGCACAUAGAACACAUUCCUCCCAGUGAACGGAGUCACCUUAUACAGCUCUGUGCUGAAAUAGAAAAACACAUUAAGUGUGACAUAAGAGAGGACCCUAAACUACUUUACCGAAGCAAGGUGAAAGAUUUAGAAGCAAGAACUCAUGCGAAAUGGCAGGAGUUGCUACAGCGCUCACGACCUCUUCAGAUUGAAGAAUUAAAAAACUAA